AGAAAAUCAAUUCCUUUCCUUUAAUAAGUUUUAGAAAGACAAUUCGUUCUAUUCUGUGAUGAAAUUUUGAGGAGUAAGGAACUGCAGAAAUAAAUGGAAAUUCAAAUAAUAUGUCUUCUUCUUUCACAUAUAUAUCUAGCGUUGUUCCUAAGACGUGCUGGUUCUUGGAUUUUGCGUCUGCCAUGCAAAGUAGAGGGAGUGUUUGAUGUUGCAUCUCCAGGCUACGCACUUUAUAAUCAAUUGCUUGCAACAUUGACCGCUUCAAGUUUGGAAGAUUGUUUUGAAAAUUGCAGAGUUAGUGACGGAUGUAAGUCUGUAAAUUAUAAAGUAUCUGGUGACGAUAACUGUGAGCUGAACAAUCAAAUAAAUGGGAGUGCUGACCCGGCAGAUUUCAGGAACAGAGUUGGCUGGACCUAUUAUGCUACAAAUUACAACAAGAAAAAUAUUGGUUCUUACUGCGAGUUAUCCAAGCCAUGCAGACAGCCAGGGUACUGCAUUGACACGUGCUCGUGCCCAGGCUUUAUGUGCAUCGAUUGCAGCUUUGAAUACAGACUGAAUGAUGAACUUCAAUGCGUUGCGAGCAACAAUAUAGCAUUAAACAAGCCAGCGGAAUUAUCAACACAAUAUGAUGGCAGUACAUUUGCAGCCAACGCAGUUGAUGGUAGCUUAGAAGCGGUGCACAGCACCUGUGCCAUUACAAAACAUCUGAGUUCACCUAGUCCUUGGUUUCGCGUUGAUCUUCAACAGACACAUCCUGUUCGAUCAGUUGCUUUGCAAAACAGAGAUAUCCCUUACUACUGGAAUCGAAUGAACCCAUUUGAUGUUCGCGUCGGCAUGAGUUUGAAGAAUGCGAAAUGUGUUGAUGGGGCCAGUUUUAUCCACAAAAACCAAUACCUCAGUUUGGAAUGUCCUUCGAUAAUGUACGGCCGUUAUGUCAUUGUGUUGGCUGAGUCUUCAACGAUAAUAGAGCUUUGCGAGCUAGAGGUUUAUUCAUAAGAACAAUUGUCAGAUUUCGUAGACACUCAUAUAUUGAUAAUCAUAUUACCAAGUUGUCACAUUUUCCUCAUGCACAUUUCUUUAAGGGAAGGUCUGUCGUUAAGGGGACCUCUGAGUUUAAGGUGAUGACUACUUUGGUUGGUAUUUUCAAAUGAAUAAAAAAGGACAAUAAGAACCUUACUAAUAUCGCUAAGUACAAGAAACAUUCGAAUAUAAUAAGGUCGAUACCACGGGGUCAGGGACGUUGGGAGCCAAGUCUUCCUUCGUGGGGGUGGUCGGUUGUAUAGACUAAAAAUUUACCUAAGUAAAAAUUAUAGCCUAGACUUCUUUAGUUGCUUUCACCAACCUCUGCAAUAUAUUUUGUAGAUCUAGCUCUGUAUAUGUUUCGCAACUUUCAUUUUUUAUGGUAAUAACGGACUUUCCUUAUAGUUCCUGUAUAUCAGGACGGGCAAAGGAUAUUUUUACUACCCGAAGCCGAAUGCCGCCGAAUGCCAUGGUUUCCGCCUAAUGAGCGGAAAUUCUCGAAUUUUAAUGCUUUCAGUUCCCCGGAAAAUGCAAUCUUUUGAGGCUGAUUUCCACGCGGCGAAUUUCGCAUCGAUUUCUUGGCGAAGUCGCUGAAGAAGGUAUCAAGGCAUGCACAGUUUUGAUUUUUGAUUUCGCAACGAAUUCAAAAGAAAGUAGAAAAGAGUUCUACUUUUUCGCGGCUAAAUAUUUUGCAGCACCUAAUAACGAGUCGAGGCAUUGUAAAUUUGCUUGAUUCAUAAGGAGACCAUCUUAGAGCAUUCACCAUGCAGGCAGUUCUGAAAAUGGGCGCCUUAAAGCUGAGUUUUGGGGAAAAUCAAUCUAUUCUUUCGCAGCGAUUUCGCAGUCCCGUGGAAAUCAAAAGACAAUUUCGAAGAGAAUUCGCAGCGAAUUCGAUGGGAACUUCGCCUCGUGGAAAUCAGCCUACAAGAACAUUUCACUAAAGCAAUCCUUAUAACCCUAUUGAUUAUUUUUAUUUUGCAAACAAAUUGAACAGCAGAUAGAAACUACUGGUACAAUUUCGCCGUGGUCUUGAUAAAUACGAUGUUGUCAGUUACUUCUAAAACUAGUUAACAAGCAGAUUUAGCUCCCUCUUUCCAUCUUAGUAUGCCUUUAGAAUGUUAAAAAAAUCUGAAGCUCAUAGUGAAUUGCAGUUGACGCUUCUACCGAGAAACUUUAAGGGAAAUGGACACAAGACACAAUUCUACCAAAUAAGGGCCUGGAUUUAUAGAUAUUGUGCCAACAAGAAAUCUUCAAAUCUUCAAAUCAUUAGUUUGUUUACCUAAAUUCAUAUCAAGGAAUAUCAUAUUUAACCAACGAAAAAACUACUUUUCUUGAUCCUUUAUUUAUUUUAUGGCAAGAGGGUCUCUGAAAUACCUAAAGCGUUUCUUCCACCGAGCGAAUUUUACCUUAAAUUUCCUAUUGAGAUACUGUUGGGAGGGGGAUGACACCCCCUAAACCCCACGGUUGCGACGCCCCUGCACGGGGUGCAAUGAACUUUGACAACCCAGUAGAAUUAAAAAAAUUACAAUUUAAACCGUCCACAUAUGGACAAUUUGAAACGCACAAAAUCAUUUUUGGCUCACAAAGGGCCUGUUUACAUGAGGCGGGCUUGUCCGCUUAAGGGGUCUGGUUAACAUGCUUUUUAUACAUCCUUUUGGUAUCCGUAUUUGCAUUUGAGAGUGGGCCAGUCUCCCAUGUGAGAUCCGCGAGAAGGACAUGUGAGAUCCACGUCAUGUGGGAUUGAAAUUAUCCAUGUAAACGGAAUCAGGGGAGCUAACCCACUCGCUGAAUGUCAAUGCGCGUGCGUAAAGUAAGUUGGCGCAAAACUAUACGCAUCAUUAACAAAAUCAUAUCACGUACGAAGCGACAGCAACGGUCCAGGCUCUUCGGCUGAAAACGUGGCAAAAACGUACAGAAACAUAGAUGAUUUCAUUUGCUAAAUUGAAAUAAAACGAGCCUGUUGAUCGCCUUUUUUUGAUAAAUCGAACACAAAAUUAGAAUUUGUAACUGAAGUACAAAAGCAAAAGAACCGUAUAAUUGAAUUAUAAGAAACGGAAUCAAACUGUUAUUCGACAUUGUGGAGGAAAUCUAAUGUUCAUUAUUGUGGCAGCAAAACUUAAAGAUAUCGUUAACAAUUUUCAAAAAGGGACGAUCUUACCUGAGUGGGAUAUAUCUGGUCCUCAUGAAAUACACAGUCACUUGGGAAUACAAACACACCUGAGGAAACUUGCUCACUUCAUGUAAACAGGUUCUAAGGUGAGUAGAGCGUGAAACUUUAUUGAAAGCGAGCAGUACUACGUAUCAAAUAUAUUGUUAACUCGAGAAUGCGCCUAUCCAGUUUGUUUGGAAAAAUCUUGUCACCGUCAAUUUAAAUUUGCAACUGGGUUUUAUUUGAAUGCUUAUAAGGUCGCAACAAAGUGUAAGUUCUUACAAGAAGGCAACUUUUUUGGACACAAAAAUGAAGGGCAAAUCAGCCCAAAGUGAUCCGUAUCCUCGAUCCAAUCGUUGGUAGCGCACAUCGAGUUUAUUGUACAUGUCAAGGUCUGUUGAAUUUGUGGUUAGGAUUGCCUAUGUUAAAAAAUGAGGUCGUAGUUUUGGAUUUUUCUACGAAAAACGAAACAUAUAAUCCCUUGCCUUGUUAUAUGCUUAAUUAAGAAAAACCUUUUCAUCAUUGGACCCAUUGUAUAUUAUAUUACGUAUAGCAAGACUUAGCCUAUUAUCAUUUGAAAUACUUUCAGGUUUAAAAUCAUGUAUUUUAUUUCUCUAAAGGUAAAAUAAUGGAUACCCAAAAUCGUAUGUACUUACAAUUUAUUUGAAAUUAUUUACCUUUAUUUCCGUUUCCGUAGAAGUUUGAUGGAAUUGGAUAACCCUUUUCAAAUUUCUUUAUCACAAAACAGCCCCAGCAAGUAUUUCCAUUCGCGUUCGUCUUCUUUGUAGCCCCCUCUUCCUAGUGUUUACAGUUUUAACUAGAGCACUUCAGAUCUUUAAGCUGACUGCAUUUUUUAGAAUUCAACCCUAAAGUAAAAGUAAGUGUUUCGCGUUGUAAUUUGAUAAUGUUAAGAAUAUGUUCAAUUGUUUAUUCAAGACUUUCACAUUAUUUGUUUUGGGAUCUUGAAUUUGAAAUUCCCUCUUUUCAAGUGGCGAAUAUUGAAAAAUUUCCUGAUUAUCUAAACACAAAAGUGUCUGUUUAGAUGAAUCUCUUGAAAUGAGAUAAAUUCUAUUUUCCUUAACUAUCAGCCUCUUAGAAUAAACGGCAGCUGCCAUAAAAGAUAAUCCUUGAAAUUGAAGCUUUUUCUUACAACUAAGGAGUUAGUUGUAGAAUAAUCACAUUUUCUAGCCCUAUUUUGAUAAUCAAAAGCUUAGAAUUUGCGAGGCUGGCCCAUUCUCACAUGCAAAUAAUUUGGUGAACCUGUCAGCCGCUGAAAUGACGAAAAGCAUCAAGUCCCUCUGUGAUUGGAUACUUUCAUCCAUUCUAGACUGCAAUAUUAUCGUUUCUGAAGUUGUAAGGCGUGAAGAUAAAAAGUUCCUUAAUGGAAAGAUUAGUGAAUUCAACCGUGCUUUGAAAAUGAUGAACAUGGACAUUCUGCGCCAACAAAACAUCACAAGUACUCAUCUGGGUAAGAAAGGGUUACAUCUAAAUUUCGAAGGCAGCAGACAACUUGCCAAGAACAUCAUAGAAAAACUUUGAACGAUAUCUUUAUAGCAAUGAGUUUUAUUCAUGCAAUGACGGGGAGGGUCCAUUUCAAACUCAGAUCCUGUCAACAAUUCUAGUAGUGUCGAUGAAAAUGGCGUUCAGAGGCCUGUUAUUUGCCCUUUGAGGCGAAGAAAGGGUCUGACCAUGGCAUCAUUUAAUGUAAACAGCCUCAUCGCGAAGAUUGACGAAACGCUGUCGCUUGUAAAAAACGAAAACAUUGAUAUUUUGGCCAUAAAUGAAACCAAAAUCGAUCAAAAAAUUGAUGACAAGCUUAUCUCAUUAGAUGAUUUUUCUCUUUGUCGAUAUGACAGGAGUAGGCAAGGAGGUGGUGUUGCUCUCUAUGUCAGAAAAACAGUCAGGUUUCAACCCCGAGUGAAUCUUCCUAAUAAAUAGCUUGAAUCGAUUUGCAAAGAGGAAGAACCUCCGAAUUCAAAUCCGUUCAUUGUCAUAGCUUGGUAUAGACCACCCAGUGAGCCUAAUUCUUUAUUUGACAGCCUUCAUAAUAAUAAUAAUAAUAAUAAUAAUCAAUUUGUUUAAAGUUGGCGCUACAUAGCUAUUUACAAAGAAAUGAGCUAAUCCAAGCCAACUGUUAAAACUACUACAUCAACUAAAUACAUACGAGAUUAAAUACAUAAAAUUUUAAAUACAAAAUGAUCUAUUAAAAAACUAAAAAAAACCUGAGCUAUUUAAAAGAUAGAAUAACAAAAAACCAAGCUGUGGCACGAACGUCCUACAUAGUUUGCAUGUACAGUCUGUGCCAUUCCAGCUUUUAAUUUCUUUCUUAAACUCAUUAAUAGAUUGAGCAUUCCUUAUGUGCUGAGGUAAAGAGAGCCAAAGACGCUGCCCUCUAUAUUUGAUAGUUUCGGUUCCAUAAAUGGUUGUUCUUACUCUUGGUACCAUAAAUUCAUUAUUAUUUCUCAAAUUAUAAACAGCAUGACGCUCGCAGAAAAUCUCCCUCAUAAAAGGAGGGUUGAUAUUUCCCUUUGUUUUAAACAUUUCACUCAUAAGAUUUCGCAGGUGUUUUACAUGAAUAUUUACCGAGCCAUCAUUUUCUAGCAGAGUGUUGAAGCUAGAAUCAUAGUUUUUGUAUGCAAUUCUCAGAGCUCUUUCGUGUAUUCUAUUAAUCUUACUAUUCAAGUGCCUACUGUGGAACAUCCAGACUAGUGGACAAUAUUCGAAUUGGCUAAUUACAAAUGCUCUCAUUAAGAUUUUAAGUUUAUUAGCGUCCAUGUAUCCAGAUAUGCGAGCGAGGGCGGUGAGUUUGCUACCAGCCUUCUUACAUAACUUACUGAUAUGUGUCUCAAAACUGAGUUUUUUGUCUAUCACAACACCUAGUAGCUUUUCCUCUUCCGAGUUUUCUAUGAUAGAAUCUCCUACAUUAACUUUAACCUGUUGAUAAGAACUUUUGCCAAGAAUAAGUAAAUGACAUUUGUUUGUAUUCAACUUCAUAAAGUUAUCAGCGAACCAUUGGAUAGUUAUACUUGAGUUAUUCUCUAGCCUUGCAAUUACAUUAUUGAGAACUUUAAAGAACUUUCAUAAAAACCUGAGCUUUCUUGAUGGAGAGGGGAAAGAAAUUAUUAUUCUAGGAGAUACUAACUGGGAUUUCUGUUAUAGAGACGAUACUUCGAGCCAUAUUAUGCAGUUACGUGAACUGUACGACCUUUUUGAUAUGAAGCUGAUUAUUAAAGAGCCCACUAGGGUCACGCUAGACAGUUCAACUUUGAUUGAUCAUAUAGCUACCUCAAACUGUAACAAUAUUAAAGAGAGUGCAGUGCUUAAGAUUAGUCUUAGUGACCAUUAUAUUGUAUAUUGUGUUAGAAAGCUGCGUGGUGGUGUUAAACACCAGCACAAAUAUAUUACAUCUCGUCAUUUGAAGAAUUAUAAUCAAGAGGCUUUCGUCUCAGAUCUCUCUGAGGUUGAUUCGGAGGCACACGUAGCAGGUCCUCAAGCCAUUGAUGAUGCAGUACGCAAGUGGACCCAAACAUUAUCGCUUAUUCUAUCGAAGCAUGCGCCUACAUUAAGAAGACGCGUGUCUCAUCGAUAUAAGCCUUGGCUGAAUGCUGAUUAUUUCAAAUUGGCUAAAGCGAGAGAUAAGUUAAAAACUCGAACUGUAAAAAGCAACUCAAAAUUGUUGUUUGAAUCCUACAGGCAAAUUCGACAGUAGUAGAGCACCUUUAGUAAAAAGAGUUUUGAUUGGUUAUCGUCCACAAAUGGGGAUCCCACCGGUAUCGACCGUACCGAGUUUUUUACUGGCUUUUAAACAGAGGAUCAGAGGAUUGUAGCUGGGGAUACCGAGCAUGGCCAAUCAUAUUAAGUGAUUCAGGAAUAAGCCGACGUCUGUGGGGUCUUAUAAAUCAAUUAUGUACAUUUCAAGACUAGAAUUAAUUAAAUGUAAUAAAAGCAUGCCUUGAAAAAAACAAAAUGUUUUAAAUUAUUGCAAGAAAAUAACUGCUAGAAAUAUUCUGAAAUAUAUUUCAAGCUAAUCUAAAGGGCGUGGUCAUAAAAUUUUCUACUUGCUCCGCUCGCAGGAAAGCUUCUUCUUUCAGAUAAUCCUAGGGCCUCCGACAACCUGGACUUCUGUAUUGCAUGGCCAAAAAGACCCAAUCUCACUACCAUCAAAUGGCGGCCUGCUUCUCUUCUUUUGUAUGAAACGCAAUGCACCACAAUAAUUGGAGUGAAUACCAUUUCUAUCUUUGUUUUAUUUUUGGAUAAGAAUUUUUUUGGUUUGGGUAUCCAUAAAGCUAGCCAGGGAUAGUUUUGAAAGAUUAGUAGCAGUUACAGAUUUGUAUUAUAUAGACAAACCUCAUAUUACAUGAAAAAUAUAUAAUAUACAGUAAGGCUGUGUUUUGGACAGUUCUUAGAACAUUUGAAUAUGUAACAAGAUUAGAGAUCAAGUCUGUCAAAAACAAUAUUUUAUUAAAAGAAACAGCUAGAAACAGUUGAUUUACCUUUUAAGGAUCAAUCAAUAACUAACAAACACAGUAAUUCCAUUCCACACCAUUUCCCCCAUUCACAAAGAAGUACUAUAUUGACUCCAUAGGGUGUCAUAGUGAAGAAAAAAAUUCCCUGUUGUCAGGUUUGCUACUCUGUUUUCUUUUGGCCAGGUUUGAUAUGUUCUAGUAAGAUUUAUACAUGAUCAGUGGUAGCUGUAGUUAGGCCAAAUUAUACUGAAAAUGUCCCUGAAAACAAUGUCAAACAUUUUUCGUCCGUCCAAAAGAGGUCCAUUUAAAACUUAGCCACACCCUUAGCCACACCCUAUUUGGCCCCGAAAAUCUGCGUUUUACGCUGUUUUGUGCAGUGAUGAAAAUUCCUUAAAUUAAUGCCUGUUCGAACAUGGCAUCACAUGCAUACUGUCAGUUCUCUACGUUACAUGAUUACCAACACAAGAUACCUAGGUGUUCAGAUAGACAGUAAACUAAACUGGACAAGCAUGUCGAUACUAUCAAGACCAAGACUAAUCGAGCCGUUGAACUUAUUAAGUAUUCUAAGAAAUAUAUUUUAUCUGACAAACUCAACAAAAUGUAUAAAAGAAUUGUUGAGCCCCAUUUGAGCUACUGCUGUAGUGAAUGAAAGCUUGACGUUUUGCAAAAAAUCCAAAAUAGAGCUGCCAGAAUUGUAACUAGCAGCCCAUACAAUGCCCCUGCACCAUUCAGAAUCUUGGCUGGUCAACUAUCAGAAAUAUUGUAAGAAAGGAGGCAGCCACGCCAACUUACAAAUCUUUAAAUUUGCUUGCAUCUGACGAGAAAAUUAUUUGCAAAGUGUUCGGAUGAUAGAAAACGGUUUCUGCGUUCAUCAGAAACUGAUCUUCAGAUACCGCUGCUAAAAAGCUUACUCUUAUCGCGGUCCAAAACUGUGGAACAGUCUAGAAAAAGCUACUAAAUUGGCCCACUCCUUGAAAACCUUCAAAGAACAGCUAUAAUCGGGGACAACUUUCAUUUCAUCUUUACGUUCUCUUUUUAUAGCCUUAGUUUUAUAUAAUAUUGUAAAUUAGGCUAGGUCAAUAAAUUUCUUUUGUUAUUAGUAUUAGUGAUUAUUUUAAUCCUUUAAACAGGCAGGUUCAAAAACAUAUAUAUGUAUGAACCUUUAACCUAUAUAAUAUAAUAAAAUGAACUACGGAUAACAAAAGGAUGUAUAGAAAGCAUGGUUCCCACUUGAGUUAACCAGCCCACUUAAGGGGAGGUCUGUCGUUAAGAAGACCUCUGAGUUUAAGGUGAUGGCUACUUUGGUUGGUAUUUUCAAAUCAAUAAAAAGGACAACCAAAUACAAGAAAAAUUCGAAUAUAAUAAGGACAAUACCACGGGGUCAGGGCCGUCGCGAGGCAAGUGUUGCUGGGGGGGGGGUAUAUAGACUAAAAAUUUACCUAAGUAAAAACAUUUUUAAGGCUUCCUUAAAAGGCUAUUGGAAUAUUGCUAUUAGUUCUCAUUAAUUAUCACCCUAAAAGUUAAGAGGCUCAUAGACCGCCAAAUAUGAAAGUCAGUUCUAAAUGAAAUUUGGAGUUGGAAAUUUAAUUGGGGUUCUACAAUCUUUUAAAUGGGUUUUAUUCUGACGUAGGAUAAAGUCCUGGCAAAAAGACUAAAUAUUUCACUUAAUAUUUCAUUCAACUUUUGUUUAGUGAAGCUGAGCGAAGUUUACUGCGAGCUGUCUAUGACGCUGUUAGGUUGUAGGGGAUCUUGCAUAGGAAUUUGCUUUUGGUUUGUUUUGUUGCAUGCACAAGCAGUGGAUAAAAAUAAGAAUUGGAUGAAGCGACGCGGAAAGAAAAGACUUUUUAGCACAAUGACAACAAAGUUGACUGUUGAAGAAGACACAGAGGCGUACAACGAGAUAUGCAGAUGUCUCAUAAAGGCUUUUUGGGUAACGUAGAGACAGGAAAACCAACGAAAACAGACAAAAACCUUUGGAUUUCCAUGGCUAGAGCGCCUGCGCGAUCACAAUAAAUGUUUAAUUGGUGGCAAAACGACUAAACAUUUGCUAAACAACACUAAACAAAACUAAACAUUUUUGACCAGGAUCAAACUUUGCUCAACAACACUCAACAAGACAAAACAACUCUAAACAGGGUGGGAAAACGACUAAACUGUUCACUAAACUUUUGGCUAAACAUAAGUUGAGUGAAAUGUUUAGUGAAAUGUUUAGUCGCUUUUCCAGGGCUUAAGAGGAAAGAGAAAAUCAUACCAGUGUGGGGGAAAAUUAUCGUUUCUAUCUAAAUGACUUUUAAGUGGGAGAAGAAUGAAGCAAAGAGAUUCAAAGGCAGGUUGGGAUAAAGAAUUUAUUUUUUCUAUAGUUUAUGAAUUUCUAGGGUAAAAUCUGGCUGCGUUAAGCGUCGCUGUAGUGUUUCUACCACUAGACUUUUGAUUGGUGGAUGGUUGAACCCCUCAAAUAUAAAAGUCCGCAAUGAAAUAGUAUAACUCCACAGAGCAAAUCAUGGGCCUAAUGGGAUUUCUCGGCUAUUGAGUAAAUCUUGAUAUGUAAUUACUCAUUCAAAGCAUAAUGAGGGUUGAUAUUUUUCCGAUCAUUGGUUGAGCAGCCAGGUUAAUUGAUUGGUUGAGCAGCAGGCAAUAUGGAAACAUUAGUAGCAUAGGCAGGGCUGGCGAAAUGUUAUUGGAAGGUGACAGGGGGGGGGAGGAACAAAGUCUUUAGAUUUCUCUGGGGUUUAGGAAAGGCCACCACCAUGGUUAGAAAUUUUGGCCGAAUUCAAGAAAUAGUUUGAAAUUAUGACAUUAUAGGGAUGGCCAGAAAAUGCAUUAAAAACAUCAAGUUUGACCAAAGGAGGGUCUUAGGCAUACUUGUUAGCUUUCUUUUACAAUAAUUUCCAUGGUUCAAAGAGGUUUGAUUUUGACAUAACAAUGGGAUGGGAAAGAAGUUGGAGUUGGUUUUAUAAUAAACAUUUAAGCGCCGGAAUAGGAGAAAGGUUUAACAACGAGGAAUGAGUUGGAAAGGUGCCAGCGAUGCGAAUGUGGAGAGUCAGAAUCAGAGCAGCUGACUCUAGGAUAAUCUGAACUGAAACAAAACAAAACUUGGAAAAAUAGAAGGAAGUGGAAAAAGGCUUGAAGUACAUAAUAAAUGAACAACAUUUCAAAAUGUUCUGCGAAGAGUUCCUUCUCGAAUGAGCUUGUAGAAAAGGCUAAGGCUUCAGCUUUCUCUUCCUUGCACGCUUAUCUGUGGCUAAAGAUGACAGUUUUUGACCGGUGAAAUGUGUUCGAGAAAAGCCAAUCUCCUCAAUCUUUCUCAGUAAUUCCUAGAAAUGACGUUCCUGGUGAUACUUUGUUCACAAUUACCGACAACCAAGGUCAUAACCUCAACUUUUAGCGACAAACGCAACAUUUCCGACAAACAGAACUUGAUAGAUAGAUAGAUAGAUAGAUAGAUAGAUAGAUAGAUAGAUAGAUAGAUAGAUAGAUAGAUAGAUAGAUAGAUAGAUAGAUAGAUAGAUAGAUAGAUAGAUAGAUAGAUAGAUAGAUAGAGAGAUAGAUAGAUAGAUAGAUAGAUAGAUAGAUAGAUAGAUAGAUAGAUAGAUAGAUAGAUAGAUAGAUAGAUAGAUAGAUAGAUAGAUAGAUAAGUUCUCUAAGUUCUGAAAUACCUAAAGCGUUUUUUUUCGGUGGCGGGGUGGCUUUGUUUUCCCUGGGGUGGCCAAGUCGAUUUUUGCGCCCUAUCUAUUUUUUGGUUAUAUAAAAGUAUGUUUUUCUAGAAGGGAAAUCGAUUUUUGCAAUUUGAAUCCAAAUUUCAUAAAUAAGUUUUGACUAAAAAUGUGAAUAUGAAUGGAAAAGUUAUGUAGUCCUAACAUUUGACCUUCUCGAUCGUGGUUCGGUGAAAUAUCAAGCUAUUUUCAAUUGGCUUAUUUUCGAGAGUCGGCCUAUUUUCGAGGAAAUACGGUAGGCAAAACAUAAAAUGCUAAUUAAAACAUAUUCAAAUCAAUUACACUGAUGUUUCACACAGGCUGGCGGCCCCUUAAACUCGUUAUUAUAUGUUGCAUUAAUUGCUUCACUCUACUGAUUCGAAAGAGGUUUCAGAAGUGAACCGAAUUUCUCAAGAAAAAGACCAUAUCGUUUUCGUACAUCUUUAAUUUUCUGUUUUAUUCCACAUACAAUUAUUAGGUGACUCUACGUUGCUCGUUUCUUACCUACAUUUCGAGCGACUCUACGCUAACUCUACUUAAGUGUUUCUAUUUAAAUCUUUUAUACGAAUUUGCUCCAAUUAUCUAAUAAUACUGAUUAAUCUGCUUUACUUACGGUUUUCCUGCGAUUUAACCAUGUGCCUAUGCAUCAUGCAGGAUGUUGUGUGCAUUUAUGGUUCCUUAAUUUCUGUUUCCACGAGUCUAUUAAUUUUACUGUAUCUGUAAGUAUCUAAUUUGGUUUCUUAAACAUGCGGAUUACUAAAUCUAUACGUACUGAUAAGUUACUAAUUUCCCACAACACAUGUGUGAGCACGUCUCCAGCACAUUAUAUCCAGAAUACCACUUUCAGAGUAAAACAACCUAGAGCAAAUUUUUGUUUCGGGCUCCUUAGUUUUUUAACUAAAGGUAACCUUAGUCCAUGUCGCCACUGCUUAUGGGCGAUUUUAUCAUCCUUGUGUCAUCGUAUAUGUAAUGUAUGAUAUACUAACAUGGUUUAAGUUUGUUAUUCUUUAGUAGUUUUUUAAAUAGUA